CUCAAUUCAAACGACAAUAGUCGCGUGGUAUUGCGUCUACCAAAACCAGAAUGCCUUGCGUGAUUCAACUUUAGCAUUAUAUUACUACUGCAUAUCUUUGCGAAAACAGCCAUCUCACGGUGACUUUUUCUUAUUUUUUAACGUAUAUACCAAGUUUCAUCGAAAUCCGAUUAGCAGAACGGGCUCUAGAGGGGUCUGAUUAGGAUCAGUUUAAUUUUCCCCUUCACACCUGGAAUUCCUCCUCCUUUUUUUUGUCUUAUUUUCCACCGUCCGUAAUUCACAUACUUAUAAGAAGCUUUCAGAAUGGGAAAUAGCAGUUUCAGUUGUCCAUGUGUUAACUCUUUUGCUAACAAAGAGAAAAUAAAGAUUAAGAAAGCAAAAAACGUAAAAAUUGGAAACAGAUAUUACUGGAGCAACGUGAAUGACGUUAUUCGUAAAGCGAAUGUAAAGAAAGAGCCAUGUGAGGAAGAAUCUUGUAAUUCUGAUGAUCACAGUGGCUUAAUUGCUCUUUCAGAAGAACUGAUCAGUUCCGAACGGAUACUUGACAUAGAUGACUUUUAUUUGGUUGCCGAAAGAAUAUCAGAUAAAUGGAGAAAAUUGGCACGUUUUCUACCACCAAAAACUGUAUUCCAGGAAGGAGAAUUGAAAACAUUGGAAAGUAACAAUAAAAACAAUAUGGAGGAAACCAUUAUACAGAUGCUGAAUUUAUGGAAAGAGAAAUAUCCAGAUUUAACCACUGUUGGUAAUCUUGCUGUAACUUUGCAGUCUAUAGGAAGAGCAGAUAUCGCACAACUGUUACGUCCUUAAUAGUUUUUUUUUGUAUUUAAUUCUUACUUUAUUAAUGUUUUUGAGUGUUAUUAAGUUCAAAACAAUAAAUUGCUACUAAACUUAAUAAA